CUCCUUCCUAAAGUAUGGGGUUAAAUGUAGAUCAGGAGAGAGAGAAAAACACCCUCAGAGUUUGGAUCAAGUCCCAAAGUGUAUUUUAUAUAUUUUUAACCGUUUGUUCUGUUUUAGCCAUUCAGAAACGUUUUCCUAGAGGAAGCAAAGAUAAAUAACGUGAGUAUUUCCUGCCACUGUCUGGGUGUGGGCAGCCUUCAGUUGAUGCUUUGAGCUCAGUAGCAAAAUGGCCUCUGCCUUUUCAUUUGUCGGAUUUCAUUCUGCGUUUUUUUUUGUUUUUUGUUGGUUUUCUUUUCCUUUCAGACUGUACAUUUGCUGUAGCGCCCCGUUGUUCUCCGUGUGGAUGGUGGCUACAAAGGAGGCAGGCAGCUGCGCAAAGGUCCCGCCUGUAUUUCCCUCUGGAAGACUCUCAGUGUCGGCGCUCCCGACUGGGGAUUGGAGCGGCGACUUGUCAGUAAAUUAGCCCACCCUUCACACAAUGUGCAUGAGGGAAACCGAGCCAGACAGUGACGUGUGACGGAUCAGAUCCCCCCCCACCACCACCCGCCCACCCCACAUCCUCCCUCCGGUUACCAGCUGCCUGUCAAUCCAGCGCGCCACAGUACCGACCCGGAGCCAUCCGCCGCGCUGUGACACCUGCAGGGAUGGAGGGAGAGAUGCAGCCCGCAGAUGAAGGGCCCUGCGCCCCGAAGAUGUGCCGACAACAACGGGGUCCGUACAGCACCCUGAAAACCUUCCAGAGCAAGCGCUCGGCGGGCAAGUCGCGCUUUGACAGGUCCGCUGUGGCCGAGGUGCCUCUGUUUGGCGACGGGCAUCACUUCACUUUUCACCCCGAGCAGCCUAAUCAUUUCCAACCGCACCAUCACCACCACCACCACCAGCAGCAGCAGCAGCAGCAGCGUUUGCAACAGCUCCACCAAACCAGCGUCGCUAUCAGCAGCAGCCAGCAGCAUCACCCAGCCCCUCAGCAGCAGCAGCAGCAGCAGCAGCAGCAGCAUCGUUUCCCAUGUGAGAACAGGCCCAGCAGCAGGGUCCCGACAUCCACCUCAGCGCCGGCUGCCAGCGUGGCGGCGGCGGCGUCUACCCAGCAGCGGCGCGCCAGCAGCGGCGGAGCGGAGCCCAGAUUCUCUCCGGACUGCACCUACGGUAUCAGCUCAGAGAAUCGUCUCAUCCUGGAUGCCUUUGCCCAGCAGUGUAGCCGAGUCCUCAGCCUCCUCAACAACGGCCGUCUCCUGGAGCCCUCCUCGUCCUCCUUCACUUCUAACAUUAAGCUGGAAGAUGGGUCAGGGGACUUACAGGGCCUUCACUGUUCCUCACUGGGGAAGUCCAAACUAGAAGAGAGCUCCUCCACCACAGACCCAGAAGAGGAGGCCCAGCAAAGCCAUUUAAGCCAACAACAGACCUCUGCUGUUCUCCGCAUCUUCACAGACUCACUACAGAACUAUCUGCUCUCAGGGCCUCAACAGCAGCAACAUCUGGCUGCGAGUCUGGAGGAUGAGCAGUGUCCGUCGGCGGAGCCCGGUUCAGGCGUGUCUCCUCCGAGACACAACCUGGGGGGCUGGGGCUCGCCGACUCCCUCGGAGUCGUACGGCCACCCGUCGUCCACCCUGCCUGAGGAGGAGGAGGAGGAGGAAAACUGCUGUCCACGCUGCCUGGAGUUGGAGCAGGAGGUGCUGUCUCUGCAGCAAGAGAACGAGGAGCUCCGCAACAAGCUGGAGAAUAUCCCAGUUCCCUGUCAAAAUGUUCUCGACUACUUCAAGACUGUUCUGGAGUUUCACAACCAACUGGUCCAGCCGAUGCCAGAAGAGCAGCUCACCGAGGAAGAAGAACGACAAACACUCUUUGAGGGCAGCAAACAGCUCCUGGAGAACUACCCUCUCUUCAUCACUAACAAGCAAUGGGACGAAGCCGUCAACUCCUCUAAAAAAGACGGCAGGCGGCUGCUGCGCUACCUGAUUCGCUACGUCUUCACCACAGACGAGCUCAAGUUCUCCUGCGGUUUGGGCAAGAGGAAGCGUUCAGUCCACUCAGGCGAUCCAGGGCUGGAGAGACGGCCUCUCAACCCCGUCAAAGUCAGCUGCCUCAGAGAGUUCAUCCGGAUGCACUGUGCCUCAAACCCGGACUGGUGGAUGCCCUCAGAGGAGCAGAUCAACAAAGUGUUCAGCGACGCCGUCGGUCACGCGCGUCAGGGCCGAGCGGUCGGCACGUUCCUGGGCAGCAGCGGCAGCAGCACCAGCAGCCUCUACAUGGACAGCUUUGAUGGACAUCUGUCACAGGACGAACUGUAUUUAAAAGGCUGCCAGAACGGCCAAUCUGACUGAAGGUAAAGGAGGAAUCAAACGACAAAUGCCAGAAAUGUAGCUGUAUAACAACAUAUCCCAAAACGCUGACCUUAUCCUGUCACUUGUCAUAGUGAAGAAAACAUUCCAGAAGUUUAUCAAACAGAAAAUAACUACUAUGUCACUUCCUCUUUUUCAGUUUUGUAGCUUCGUUUGCAAUUUUUAUACUUAGAAUUUUGUUCAGUCAAAAUUUGCCUCUAAGGGGAUGUUUGAAACGCAAAAUUUGAGUCUUCCAUUUGCUGCAUUUUCUAUGGUUUGUUGUUCUGAGACAUUAUGUCCCUAUCAAUAGAAUAUUUGUUUUGUGUUUUUGGGAUGGACUCCCAUUCAAUUUGCAUACCUUUCACACCUUGAGGUAAUCAGGAAGCUAUUUGUGUUAAUGUUGUGAUCACUGACAUUGCACCUUCCAUCAUGCAAAUUAGCAUUUAAUACGUUCCUGCAAAAUUCUGUCAUUGGCCAAGCACCUUUACUCGCAACCUUUUUACAGGAGUGCCUCUGAAAAAGUCAUGUUUUGUUACUUGUAGUCUUGCCCUUUGCAUCCUUGUUUUCUUAGUUUUGAACCAAGUCUGGUUAAACUCAUUUCUGAAAAAGAAAAAGCGUUUUCUGAAAUAAAGCCUUUCCUGUUUUGAACCUCCUGUAGCACAUUUCGGGAUCAGCUGGAAAGCGUUUCAUACUGCAGAAAGCCUAUAAAAAUUAGCAGACAGACAACAAUUAAUUUGCCUUCCAAAGUCCUCCAAAGUUUUUUUUUUAAGACAUUAACAGUUCAAUAACUGGCCCUGAAGAUGUUUUUUUUUCAUUAGGUUUAUAAAAUUUGUUUGAAAUACUGUGAUACAAUGCUGAUGUUGCAUAAAAAAUAAGGUAUUCUAAUUAUUAAAAUGUAGACUUUUACCUUUGUUCGGCCAAGUAUUUGCUCUGUCAUGGGUUAUUUUAUUCAUCCCAGUGCAGAAAAUCUUAAAAGGAUCCAACUGCACGGUCGUUUUUUGUUUGUUUGUUUUGUUUUUUUCUGUUUUACAUUGAGUUUUUCAUCAGUGAGGAGACUUUUUGGCUCAGGAUGAAUUGACUUUAUGUAUUUUUGUUUAAGGCAGUUGCCAUAUGAUAGUGACUUGAACUUGGUUACACAGCAUAUUGUGUUGAGGCUUUGUUUGUUAUCAGUCAUGUAAUCACAGAAAUGACAGAAAAUAUCAAUUUUUAAAUAAUUAUCCCUUGACCCAAGUGGAAAAAAUAGAGCACUUCUUUCUCUCCGAAGCUCCUAUUUGCACUUUUAUGUCUCACUGCGGAUGAGGCCGUCCUGCAGUGAGAAGUCCGAAAACAGAAUUUAACCAUUCAAAUUCUUUGAAUUUAUAUGUUUUGUUUUAUGUGUCCUCAAUAAGUUCACUACAUGACACUGUUUUCCGUGUUUGAAUGUACCAGAUUUAUUAGGUCAGUUUGCCACGUCGACAGUGCUGUGUAAAUGUGUAAUAUAAAGUAGAGUAUUGUGUGAGGUGUUCUUGAAAUACCACGUCUCUCAAGCCAAGUAGAAAAGUACCACAGAAACCUUAAACAGUGGGAUUCUGUCGUUGUGUUGCUGUUCUGAAUGUGAGCCUUUAUUUGUAUUUACUCCUUUACUCUCAAAGUGGCUGUUAUCAACACUGUGAAACAUCAGUAGGAUUUUUACAAAUCUAAAAGCCUCUCUUGUUUUGUUUUUUAUAAUAAAUAAGGUAAAUAAAUCUA